GUUAGGCACGCACGGUCAUGUGAAGUAGCAACAUGAACGCAUCUACUAAAAUUUCAGGUACAGUGAAUGUUUUUUUGAAACGUCUUGAUUUUCGAAACACCACUCUCGUGUGUUAGCUAAGUAUGUGAACUUUAUUUGCACGUUAAGGGUAUAUUUGGGCAAGUGUUUGGUAGCUAACUUUAGUUAUGGAGUUCAAUUCAGAACCGGCUUGCUAGCCUUGCUUAGCUAGCUAACGCUAGCUAUCUAACGUUGGCUACUAGAGCUAGCUACAUAGCUACCUUGCUAGCUCAAAGCAUAAUAAAGUAAAAUACAUCUGAUAUGUACGGUAUUUAACUGACUUUUUUUGUAGUAAUCAUGAAGCAUGACGUUCAAAGAACUAGCUUGCUAACGUCUGUCUCGAUCCAUUCCCAUCACUGUCUGAACAGCCACGGCCACGGUGGACAUGGAUCCCGAGGUGGCACGGGGGUUGUUUGAGGAGGGGGCGACCCUCGUACUGCUGGGGGUUCCCGAGGGCACUGAGCUGGGCAUUGACUACAAGAGCUGGCAGGUUGGGCCUCGCUUCCGCGGGGUGAAAAUGAUCCCACCAGGUCUCCACUUCCUCCACUACUGCUCCUGUAACGCACCAGACCGCGGAGGUGAAACAGGCCCUAGAACAGGCCUCUUCCUCACCCUGAAACCAAGAGAGAUCCUGCUGGCCAACUGGGACCCCAAAGUGGAGGAUCUGGACUUCUCUGCCACUCAGAAUGAAGAUGAGGUGGGUCGGGUCCGGGCAGGCCUACGAGACCUGGACCCUUUCCUGGGGCCCUACCCGUACGAGGUGAUGCGGAAGUGGGUCUCCCUAACUGACAAGGUGAACCAGGAGCUGGCCACCAGGCUGCAGCCUCUCUCUGGGCGUGUGUGCGCCUUCAGUGACGUGAUCCCAGAGCUCCAGCUCACACACACCAAGGAUCGCGACGAGCAGAACCUGCCCAGGAAUGACACAGAGUGUCAGAGCAUGAGGGAGGGCCUGGACAGGCUGCCCAGGAUGAAGCCAAGAGAGGGGACUGAGCUGAGGUUCUCCCCCAUCCCCAGGCAGAACUACCCACCUGGGGCCACCCCAGCCCAGAUCACCCAGUGCAGCCUGGACUUGAGCUAUGCCCUGGACAGUCUACUGGAGAAACACCACCAGCAGCAGCCACUCAACGUGCUGGGUGAGUGAGAAUGGAGACCUAUGUGGUAUAUUUUACCAGUUUAUAUGAAUUUAUGGAGCAAUUAAAUUGCAUUGGAACUUAGACUAGAAAUGUAUAGACAGCGGAACAUCAAAUGAGAUUGGGGCUUAGACAUUUGAAUUGACAUGAUUAGAACCCUGCUGUAGGUCAUAUUUCUUCCUCAACCGCCUAUCCUUAACCACUAUGAACCACAUUUUAUGGGACAGUCUUUGCUUUAUAUAAGAGGUGUAAAAUAAACUGGAUAUGUCACCAUUGUUUUGAGUUUGUUCACUACCAGUUGAUAAUUAACUGUCUGACUGAUUGCUCAUCUCUCUCUCUCUUUGCCUUUCUCCCUUGCCCUUCUCUCCCUCUCUCCCCCUUCCAGGUGAGCUGCAGUUUGCAUUUGUGUGUUUCCUCAUUGGGAAUGUGUACGAGGGCUUUGAGCACUGGAAGCGCCUUCUAGCCCUGCUGUGUCGUAGUGAGGAGGCCAUGCGUCAACGCCGGGACCUGUACCUGGGCCUCAUCGCUGUGCUCUACCACCAGCUGGGGGAGAUACCUCCAGACUUCUUUGUAGACAUCGUGUCCCAGGACAACUUCCUCACCUCCACACUACAGGUGAGCUGGCAUGAAUGAACCCCCAUCAUUACAGAUGUCUGUGUUAUAGAGUAUCUUCCCCAGGGGUCAUUCCAUGUCAUUUCAGCAAGCCAUGACACCCACCAUUUCAGAUUGUUCUGAAAUACUUUCUGUAGUUAGAAACAUAUCAAAUCAAGCUUUAUUUAUACAGCACAUUUCAGACAUAGAAUGCAACACAAUGUGCUUCACAGGAAAAACAAAUAAAACAAUGAAAAUAAAAACUUAAAUAUGUACUACACAACAAACACGAGGAUAAAAAACAAAAGAAUAACAAUACUAACUGAACGACUAAAAAGCACCCUAAGGCAAAGCAAAUCUAAAAAGGUUUGUUUUAAGAUCAGAUGAGUUUUAAGGUCUAAUCUUUAAAUAAGAUUAGCAUUCCUAAAACAUUCUUUUGUUGACAUUUAAUUUGAUCUCUGAUAAAUUAAGCUAAUUGAUUGCACCCAAAUUAUAGGAUUCACAUAAUAUUCAACAAAAAUAGUACCCAACAUCCAAUUUGAACCAAACUUCUUCCUACAGUUGAAUAAGAUAUGAGGAAUCCAAUAAAAUUGUCAAAAGCCACCCACGGACCCCACACCAAUCCCACCCCAACAACCAGUAUACAGUAUCAGUUCUUUAUGUUUGACAAGUAAUAUAAAGAUGCAGUUUGAAAUAUUGCUUCUUCAUCCUUUGUAAUGGAUUUCCUGUGAAAUUGAAGUCGCUUGCAAUAUUUACCACUAGAUGCUGCUGUUCCUACUACUGCCACCACACCCUUUUAUCAAUGUUUCUGGUCUCUAGUGUUUAAUAAAUGGAUCACAACAUUUCCUUUCAACUUUGGGUAGAAAACCAAUAGCCUUUGCUCGUGAUGAAAAUAAAUGUGUGGUCAAUUGUGUGCUAAAGCCAGUGCUCCAUGAAAGCAAUUCAGUUUGUCCUUCUCUUAGCAACCUAAUGCUUCAACCAAUUCUCAUUGAAUAGUACAACAAAUGGAAGCUCUCAGAGAGGGCUAUCCAUAUGGUGUGAUUCUCAUAUUAAUACUUUUUCUACAAGCCCGAAACUUUGACGGAGAAAUGGGCUAUGACAAAAAUAUUGUGAAAACCCUAAUAAAAUAAUACAAUGAUAAAAAUUAAUAAUAAUAUGCCAUUUAGCAGACACUUUUAUCCAAAGCGACUUAGUCAUGUGUGCAUACAAUUUUACGUAUGGGUGGUCCCGGGGAUCGAACCCACUACCCUGGCGUUACAAGCGCCAUGCUCUACCAAUUGAGCUACAGAGGACCAAACCAUUGCAUGGCAGUCGUAUGUUUUUAAAUACAAUUAUUAGAAAACAUCUCUAUAUGUAGUGUGAUUAGUGACGUUUACCAUUAAACCCAACCCGGCCCAAUAAGCAUCACCCUUUGGGACUUUUACAAUUGAAGACCAUUAGAGGACAUAACAUUGAAACCAUUACAACUGCUGUAGCCUAAUGGUUUGCUUGUUGACCAGGAAUGGUCUUAACUAAUCCAUACCUUUUUUAAAGGGAAUAAACCACACACAGAGGGGCCAUUUCCUGGAGAUAAAUGAAGCCUAAGAGAAUGAAAAACUGAAUUGCUUUCAUGGAGGACUGGCUUGAAUUGUGAGGAUGACUGCACAAUUUAUUUUCAAAUGUUUUUUUCAUCAUGAGCAAAAGCUAUGGAUUUUCUACACAAAGUUGCAAAGAAAAUGUUGUGAUAAUUUAAUCCCCUAGAGUCGAUGUCCGUGCCCCCGCGGAAAUCGAAUUAGCAUAAUAAAAACAUCACCAUGAAAUCUGUCAGUUUAAGCUAGAGAUGUUUUUUUGUAUUGGAUGCAUCUCAAUCCACUGCAUCUGCCGAUUUCGCAAUUCUGCAUCUGUGGUGAAAGGAGACAGAGCUAGAGUUGUUUGUCAGACCAUGAGACGUCCCGAAAAUCGGUCUUCUCACAAAAUCGUCUGUAGGGUCCGAACAGUUCUGGCUACAGACUAAUAUGACCCUUCUGUGGAAAGGUGAGACUCUCACGAACAUGUACAUGUCAAGGACGCCCACAGGCCUCACAAGACUAGUCUGAAGGUCCCACAGUACCAGUUGAAUAAAUGAAUGGAAGUAUAUAUGGAGACUGUUUAGUGCCAAAAUAAGGGUUUCCAGAUCUUUCUUAUCUCUCUCAGAUAUAGGACAGACAAUUCAGAACAAACUUCCUUUAGAUUUGUUGGGGGGGACUAUCUGUUGUUCCAUGUAGUGAAUCUGUUAUUCAAUGCGUUUGAAUGGGCUAAUAUCAGUAAGGCCAAAUAACAUUUUUAAUGGGGACAAAAAAAAGUUACUUUUUUUUUUAAAAUAUAUACUUCAAGGGGUCUUAAAAUUCCAAAUCAAAUAGCUAAAUUAUCCUUGUUAUGACCUUCUUAAAACAAUUCCAUAUAGCUUAGUAGAACCCCUCCACCGGCUGAGACGGCUUAUGGGUUAAUAAACACAAGAGACCUGCAAAAUUGAUAAAGGUAUCAGAAACAGCUGUAUCUAGUGGGCAAAACUUGGCACUUUCACACUAAUUUAUGGUAAAUAAUGCAAGUGACUUAAAUGGCACAUUUCUCUGAUCAGGGAAAAAUAAAUUACAUCACCAGAUUCACAAGGGAAUACAUUACAAACGAUGAAGAAGCAAUACUUUAUAAUUUUCCGACCCCCUGUUCGUUCCAACGAACUUCAGCCCGUGGCUGAAUCUAGUGCAAAAAUGACUGCGCAGUAGCUUCAAAACAGUGCCCCCUGUCAGUCAUCUAGGGUUCAUACACAUCAUUGGUCCUAUCGCAUCUGACCACAAAACAUAGUCUGCCAUUUUCUAUUAACUUCCCGAUGAUUCUACAUGUUGAAUCGCCUUUCUUUCGUCGGCACCCAGCAGGUGAUCUACUGAGUACGUCCGACGUGCGUUACGGUGUAUGGUGUGUCUCGUCUCUAACCUGCUCUCCAUUUCCCUGCUCUCCCUCAGGAUUUCUUCCAGUUUGCCAGUGGGCCGGGGGUGGACGGCACCCUGCGGAAGAGGGCAGAGAAGUUCAAGGCCCACCUGACCAAAAAGUUCUGCUGGGACUUUGAGGUAGACCCUGACGAUUGUGACCCUGUUGUAGUGGAACUGCCUGAUGGGGUCACACUGGACUGAACAUGCUCUGAAGAUUAUCCAGGGUCCCAGGUAUUGGGUCAGGGGAGGAAACAGGACUGAAACAUCAUGUAAAAGAAGAGAGAGGACUUCUGUUGUCUUUCUCUCAUUUCCUUCCAGUGUGUUGCCUUGAAUGGGAGUUUUACCACUAAGGAAAAACAACUCUUUCCUCCAAGGCUCUAGAUUCUGGGGUGUCACUCUCCAUAUGCCAACCAGUGACACUUCAGACCAUGCUUUCCCCUCCCUGGCUCUCUCUGUAACCUCUCUGUCAGUCUACUCAUAAACGAGCACUUGGCCAUCUGAGCGGAAAGGUCUAGUUGCAAUAAGGAAUGAGGUCAAUAUGGCACUUUCUAGGUGGAUCAUUCUAAGGUUCUAGAGGAGAAUUCUGAAAUGUGGAAAAACUGUCUUUGACAGUAAAUCAGAAAAAGCCCAAGUAGGCUACCGUUGAUUUGUGUUUGAGUUGACACCAUAUCUGAAACGCAUGUAGAACAUUCUAGUGGAAAAUGACCCUAGAACAGUUAAUUCUGAACAUUAUAAACUCUCUGCCUUAAUCUAACUGUGCCACUGAAGACUUGUUGUUUUUCACAAUGUGUGGGUAAUCUACCCAGUGUGGACUAUCCAGCAGAGUGUAAAACCUCUACCCCACCCCAACCCCCUUUUGUGUCCUUUGUACCCAUUUACUGUAACAUUCUGUGACUGGACAUUUCCUUUGAUUAAACAACUUUUGAUACCGUGUGUGAUUUUGGUUAUUGUGUUCAGAAAAUGUUAUUAACAGAUUGUCUCCACUAGAUGGCAGCCCUGAUCUUUACUGUAGCUCUGUACUUUAGACCUGUAGAUCAAUCUGGAGGCAGUAAUGUUUGGUCUCUGAAUGAUGAUGUCAGUAAAACUUUCAAAAUACCUUUCCCCCAUUGAUCUGUGACGGUUUCCGCUAGAUAACACAGCCACAGUCAAGUUCCACAGCCACAAAGUCGAAAUUGGCUACAAAAGAUUACAUAAGGUUAGCAGUGUGGUUAGGUUUAAAAUCAAAUUUUAAGAAAAAUUGUAGAAACGGCUGUUAACUAGUGACAGUGCAGCACUGUUCAAAAGGUGCCAUACGGUACGUGUGUCCAUUACACCAGCCUCAUCGACACUGUUCAAAAUGUUUGAGGUUUGUUUUAUGACAGAAAAUAUCUGCCAGGAGGUUGACCGCAAGACAUUGUCGUAGAGAUGCUGCCUGUGUGUGUUUGCAUUCACAGCUGAGAAUAGAUGACCAACACUUUUCAGACUGAGGAGGAAUCGGCCGCUCCCACCCGCAGCAUGAAAAAUGCAGACCACGCUGCAAUGAUCUCUGUCGGGUCCCGCGGAUAAAUGCAGCCCUCUACUUCAGUGGACCUGUGAACACCCUAGUGUGGACAUGCGAGGGCAUUUGACUUCAGGAGUGCAGUUACUCACCCAGCUGUCCAAUUAGUUUGGAGGUCCAGUCAGACGGACCAUCACUGUGUCCCAUUUCAUUCCAAUAACCCCCUCCCCCUUGUAAAACUAUCCUGCUUGGGUCCGGAAUUGCAACCAUUUCCUUUUAAUAUCCCUGAUUGCUCCCACCCCGUGCUGCCUGUCAGCCACCCUUAUAAAGACACACACAAAACACACGGGGCCAGGGCAGAGUGUGGAGGUUGAUUGUGUGCAUCCUCAAGGCAUACCUACCCAGCCCCUGUCAGUCAAUGUAGAUGUUGUACUCCAUUAGAUGUUGCAUUUCCAUAGAGCUCACAGGCUAGUCAGGCUGCCAGUACAAACUGGUCUCUCUGUCUCAAUCUAUCCCCUCAGAGCAGGAAUAAUACAUGGAGGGAGUGUGUGUGCGCAAGCAUGUGUGUGCGUGCAUUCGUACGCGUGUGCAUGUGAAUGAGAGAGUUAUGCAUCAGUCUUCAUAGGCAUAUUUCUCAGGCUGUUUAAUGGAAGCAUUGGCAUUCUCUCUUUCUCACAUUGAGAGUCAAUCUGUUUAAAUCCGUUACCACUUUGUAGUAAAGCAAGGCGCAUAAUUAUAAUGAAUUGCUUGUCAGAGUGUGGCCUUUUAGUAAAUGACCAAGUCCCCAUGAUUACAUGUCAAAAGGACUGGUGUGUGUCUGUGUGUUUGUUGACUAUAGCUGCUUUUUACAACGCUAUGGGGACCACUGGUUCCUCAGCCAAAUGUGUGUUUAUAAACCUUCAACAAUGUGAUUUGUUCUGACAGUGAACGGUAAACAGCUCGGUCCAGUCCUUCACUAUGUAAUGUACAGCCAAUCAGUGUUAACUACACUGUAAAUAUUAUUGGAAAUGAAUGACGCCAUGUGAAUAUGCAGUGAAGGAUCUUGUGUACUGUAUGUGCAGUGAGACUCAGUGAAAGAUAUGGCCAUGUGUGUAACUGUAGAUUGUGUGUGUGCAUGCAAAUGUUUGUGCAUAGGUGCGUGUGUGUGUGGUAGUGAAGCCUUUACCAAUGUGAGCCCACUGUGGCAGCCCUAGCACUCCGCUCUCUCAUGCACAGUCCUGGUCCCUAAGGACCAGUUGUGGAGCCCCCUCUCUCUGGGUUUUCCCUUUCCGUCAUUCAGAAGUUUUAAGAGUGUGUUGAUGACUGAGCUAGAAUUCCUCUUUGCUCCCUCUCGGCUCCACAGCCACAGAGGCUUCACAUGUCUGACUCACAUGACCCAAACGUGAGGCAGGCACGUGUACACUCCCAGGGAGUGUGUAAGGAACAGUGCUUGAGAGAGUGCAUGCGUAUGUGUGUGUUUAAAGCUUAGUGUAUAGGAUAUGUAUGUUCAGAGGAGAGCUGUGUGUGAGUACUUGUGAACAAUGUUUUCUGUUAUAGUAAUCUGCAGAAGUAAUUAAUGGCAUGAGCAGCCCUUUGAUUCCUCAGACCUUUGAUGCCUCAGGAGAGAGAGUGAGAGAGAGAGGCAUGCAUGCUCUGUUGCACAGACACAAGGGCAGGGGGCUAUGAGUCCGGUCCUUGAGCAACCCUGUCAUUAACUUGGUAAGAAAGCCUGCUGUAUUGGCCUGCUUGCUUUAAUGAAGCAACACGUCAACAACUAUUAACUAAGUGGAUCUAUCGAAGUUGUAGGAGUGGUCAAAACAUUAAACCUCUACGAGCAAGGUGUAGGUAUUUUCCUUUAUUUUCGUAUUGUAAUGUAUACCCUGCAGCUAUAGGCAAGGAAUCGCAUCUUUGACUUUAGUCAUGAGAUCCUGACACUGGGGAUAGAGGUUGACUGGGGACCUAUAAGAAUAACAACACAAACACCCUGAGGGCCCCAGUGCAGAGGAGGUACUCUUCUCGGGUGCCAGAAGAUAUGCCUGAGUUUUGUCACUAAGAACUACACUGAAACACAGCAUUCAAACAUUUGGAUUUCCUUGUAACCCACCAAGUAACCAACACCAAUGUUUCUUGCCGGGACUCAAAUGUAAGCCUUACACUUCCUGAUCCUGCUCCAUCUCCACUUCUACUCUACCGAGGCCUCUCGUCUUCUCUCCUCCUCUCCCCUCCCGUUGUCUUUCCUCUGUGGGUGUAUCAUUUCCUCCUGCUGUGUGAAGUGUGGAGCAGCAGCGAACUGUCAUUGGUCUCUCUCACUGCUGAGUCUGUCUGCCAUGCUCCCUUCCUAAUGUGGAGCAUAAAGUAUGGGAUAUAGUACGGCUACUAUCUUUCUCUGUUUCUGUCUUUCUCUCCAUUUGUAUGAGGUUUCGUGCUUCAUGCUCCCCCCCCCCCAUUUCUAUCUAUCUGUUUUAUGAAAUAAUGUUAAAAAGGAAGAAUAAAUAGGCCCAGCAAGCUGUGUGUGUGUGUGUGCAUGCGUGUGGAGCACAGGUCUUGAUGGCCUCUGUGUUUUCUUAGUGUCUGUGUGUUGGAGCGAGUGCUGUGAGGUGAAAGCGGACCUCUCCCAGCAGCUCUGGGCCUUGGGGACGUCCCUGUCAAAGGCUCAGGGAGGGAGAGGAAGGUCAAAAGGGAAACUCAGAGCUCAAUAUGACUUUCAGCUGUGGAUCUGGGGAUGGCUAUACAGUCAUCAGCAGCCAUGUUUCUUCUUCUUUAUUUCUGAGAGUUAUCCACACAAAAACCUCGCUGCUCAUUUCCUUCUGACUAUGUCUCUCUCUUUCCAUUUCUCUCUCUGAGAGAGAGAGAGAGAAGAGAGAAACAUUUGUGCAGAACUUCAAAUCAACCCCCCCCCCCCCCACUCACUCUCUCUGUCUUUCCUCCCUCCCUCUCCAGCAGCAUGUGUGUUGA